AGCUCUCGCCUUUCCUUCCCCUCCCGCGCGCUUCGGUGACGCAUGCGCAGGACUGGCGCAGGGCAGUUCCGCUUCCGGGGUGGUGGUGGUCGUUUUCGCCGUAGAGUUGUCGAGGUUGGUGGGCUGCACCUGAGUCAAGAUGCUGCGGAAUGUGCUGGCUCUUCGUCAGAUUGCCCAGAGGACCAUCGGUACCACUUCACGAAGGCAAUUUGAAAAUAAAGUUCCAGAGAAACAAAAACUGUUUCAGGAGGAUAAUGGAAUCCCAGUGCAUCUGAAGGGUGGGGCAUCUGAUGCCCUCCUUUAUAGACUCACAAUGGCUCUUACAGUUGGUGGUACAGCGUAUGCCAUGUAUCAGUUGGCUCUGGCUUCAUUUCCCAAGAAGCAAGAUUGACUUUGAUCAUUACUUGGUUCAGGAUCUUUAUCUGUCUGUGGACCAGUAUUCUGAUGAGUAACUAAGCUCUUGGGGGAUCGAUAUUUAUUGACUUGUACUAACUGCUACCAAUAAAGCAGUCUUUACCAUG